ACAAAAUGUAACUCAUGCACCAACCCCCUGAACCAAUUCUGCUAAACCACAAGCACAAUUCCUGCUUUACACUCAAAUUGCAGUUCUAAAACACACUUUUUCCAAAACUCUACACACAAUUGUCAUGAAGAAAAUCUCUUGUUUUCACAAGGAACACACUGUUAUUCAAAACUCUAAAGUUAAUUGCCCUACUAUGCACACUGACUCCUCACAUGGGCAAACACCUAACACACAUGUUUCCACUCAGCAAUCAGAGCUUUAGCAUAAAAGGGCAACAGGUGAGCUCUUCUGUUUUGGAGCAAUGGAGGCCAAUGUUGUAAACAGAGCCAGAGCCAGAGGAGUGAGAGUAAGAGGAGGACGAUGGGGAGGACGAGGACGCGGAAAGCCAAGGACAAUCAUUUCUGAUGAGAUCCGAGCCACUUUGGUUGACCAUGUGGUCAACCAUGGCCUAACAAUGAGGGAGGCUGGGCAAAGAGUACAGCCAAAUUUGAGCAGGUACACUGUAGCAUCCAUCAUCCGGACUUUCCGCAAUGAGAAUAGAACUGAAAGAUUACCAACAAGAGGUGGACGGGGCCGUCUUCUGUCUCCUGAACAGGAAACAGAGAUCAUGAACAUGGUUCUUGAAAAUAACGCCAUUACCUUACGGCAAAUACAAAGAAAAAUAAUAGAAAACAAUGAGAUAUUUCAAAAUAUUGAUAGGGUAAGUUUAUCAACGCUGGACCGUGUCUUGCACAGAAAUAAACUGAGGAUGAAGCAGGUCUACAGGGUGCCAUUUGAGCGCAAUUCAGAAAGAGUCAAAGAAUUGCGAUAUAACUAUGUGCAAAGAGUCCUUGAGCUGGAGGUGGAUGCAGUGGAGCACCAGUUCAUCUUCAUUGAUGAGGUUGGAUUCAACCUCACAAAAAGACGAAGGAGGGGAAGGAAUAUAAUCGGCCAGCGUGCCAUUGUUGAAGUCCCUGGCCAGCGCGGAGGGAACAUCACAAUGUGUGCAGUGAUGACCCACCAUGGCAUCAUCCAUCACCAUGCUACCCUUGGCCCCUACAACACUGCCCAUCUGAUCACAUUCCUGGACACCCUACACAACACACUCGUUCCACCAGAUCAGAUGGACGGCCCAGAGCAGCUCAGGUACGUUGUCAUUUGGGACAACGUAAGCUUCCACCGGGCUGCUCUGGUUCAUAACUGGUUCACUGACCACCCACGCUUUUCAGUUGUUUAUCUCCCUCCAUAUUCUCCAUUCCUCAAUCCUAUUGAGGAAUUUUUUUCUGCCUGGAGAUGGAAAGUGUACGACCUAAAUUCAGAAACGCGUAUACCCCUUUUCCAAGCUAUGGAAGACGCAUGUGGAGAUAUAGCAGUUGAUGCUUUUCAUGGCUGGAUUCGCCAUGCUAGGUGAUAUUUCCCCCGCUGCUUGGCCAGGGAAAACAUUGCUUGUGAUGUAGAUGAGGUGCUGUGGCCAGACCGAAACAGAAGAGAGGAUGCAGCAUAGUUUAUUUUGUUUUGUUUUUUUAUUAUUAACUGUAUACAGUAAAAUCUUCUGCACUGUAUGUGCAACUUUGUGUCGGUUGGGAUGUACACUGUGUACAUUGUUUUGUGGGAAAAAUAAAACAUGUUUGUUACAGUAUAUUUGUGUGUUCUGAGUAUAAAAACAAUAUUCUAAAAUAUUUUACAACGCACUUAUGUAUUUAAUGUCUGUAGUAAGUGUAACACUGAACAAAAAGUCAUUAUGAUGAAUGGAGAAUGGUGUUUUACACUGAGCACAUCAGUGUUUAAAUGCUUUUUUUAAUUGUCUGUUCAUAUGAUAGUUUGUGUGUGUCAUCUGAACACAAAAUGGCCUUUUGUGAAGAGAUAAAACUGUUUUGAAUGUAAAGUUUCAUUU